UACUUUCAAUAUGGCGGCUCCCAGGAAGCGUUUCUCGGCUGUAAUCCUGUGUUCGAUCGCGGUUUCUGUCAGUUUUAUUCAGCAUGCAGCAUGUAAUACAGAUGAAAAGGUGGAGGAGUUUUUCAAGAGCGGUCACACCAACAACUGGGCCGUGCUGGUGGACACUUCCCGGUUCUGGUUCAACUACCGCCAUGUUGCCAACGUCCUCUCCAUCUACAGGAGUGUCAAGCGACUUGGGAUUCCGGACAGUCGUAUUAUCCUGAUGGUGGCAGAUGACAUGGCAUGUAACCCGAGGAACCCCCGUCCCGCGACGGUCUUCAACAAUGCCAACCAGCACAUCAACGUGUACGGAGACGACGUGGAGGUGGAUUACCGCGGAUACGAGGUGACGGUGGAAAACUUCAUCAGAGUUUUGACAGGACGUCUUCCACCGAGUACACCACGGUCAAAAAGAUUGUUGUCAGAUGAACGCAGCAAUAUCCUUGUGUAUAUGACAGGACAUGGAGGAGACGGUUUCCUCAAGUUCCAGGAUGCGGAGGAGGUGUCGAAUGUGGAGCUGGCUGAUGCCUUCCAGCAGAUGUGGACCAAACGCAGAUAUCAUGAACUGUUCUUCAUGAUUGAUACGUGUCAGGCGGAGUCCAUGUUCCAGAAGUUCUACUCCCCCAACAUCCUGGCUGUAGCCAGUAGCAAGAUCGGCGAGGACUCACUGUCGCAUCAUGUGGACCCCGCACUUGGCGUGUACGUCAUCGACAGAUACACCUACUAUGCUCUGGAGUUCCUUGAGAAGGUCAAUCCGUCCGGCAAACAGACAGUAGGACAGUUUCUGCGGGUGUGUCCGAAGAGUCAGUGUAUCUCUACAGUGAGUGUCCGCACGGACCUGUUCAAGCGAGACCCAGACAAGGUGCCACUCACAGACUUCUUCGGCAGUGUCAGGAAUGUGGAGAUUUUACCUGAAACCAUCACACUGAAGAACAUGUCUCUAGACAAGGAGCGGGACAGUUGUGGCAAGGAUGGCUGCCCUACCGAUGACCUGUCCAGCAAGAUGAAGUAUGCAGAACAGUUCCCCAUGCCAGUGUGAGACACUUCACGUACACACAACUCAAGUCAUUCAACACAACACAACACAACACAACACAACACAACACAACACAACACAACCACUGUCUGGGUUUAGACCUGUAGUCCUGUAGCCUUUCUUAACAAGAUCAAGAUAGCCAGAUUUAUGAACCAGUACUUUUGGAAUAUGUAUUUUUCACAUAGUGCAAUAUUGUCUGUUCUGCAACCAUCUUGCUAUAGUUUAAUUGGGAUACUGACUAAAAAAAGUCUGUUUUUUCACAAAAUAUAUAUUAUUUUUUUACAAUAUACAUGAUGUAAGACAUAAGUAUGGAAUGUAUAUGUUUAGAGUUGUGAACGUAUGACAGAUGGAUCCAGAGAAGAUGCAUGCCACC